CUGGAUAUUUACAGGUUUAUUCGCGACGGAGAAUUCGCAUAGCGUCAUAAUUUAACGAAAAAUUGCCUCCGGUCUCAGAAGGUGACGGUCUUCAACUCGUCUGGCUUAGAUCGUAUAAAUGACGGGAGACAAGAAAGCCCGAGUUAAAAAGUCCCGAUUAUUCUGACAGCUCGCGAGCCGCGAACGUUUUCCGCUCGGACGUUUCGCGCAGGGACACGCGUAGAGAGGAUCCGCGAGGGAACUUUCGCGGUUCGGAAAACGCGUCCGACAGGACGCGGUAUCGCGCCUCUCGCCCGCUAAGAAUAGCCGAAGAAAUUUGCGUUGCUCGACGCAGAUGCCAAAUUCUCCCUCUCCCCAUCUCGCCCUCUUCACUCCCCUCCGUUCCGUCGUCUACCCUUCUCUCUCUAUUCGCACCAGCCGUUCGUCGUGUCUCUUCUCUUCAUCCUUCGCUCUCCCUUUUAUUUAUUCCUACAUAUCUUCCUCUGCACCGUUGGACCCCUUAUUCCUCCUCUCUUUGUCCCGUUUUCUGAUUACCUCUUCCCUCUGCCACCCUUUUAUCCCAUCCCUCCUCCACCCAUUCUCUCUCGCUCUCUCUCUCUCUCUCUAGCUCUCGUUUUCUGUCACAUGCACGCAUUCACGUACACACAUCGUCUUGUUUCGUUGCUCCGUUAGUACAAAGACCGACUGAACGGUCAGUCUCGUACCAGUUAGCAUUCGUUUUGGACGUGUGCGAUCAAACAAACGGCAGCGGCGACUUCGUUCCACAGUGAGACCCCCGCAAAGACAUAUCUCUCGAAAGUGAAUCUCGAAUCUCGAUAAUACGGAAGAGCUAACGGGUUGCCCGGGUGCGAGAGAAAGAGGGAGGGUUACCCUGGCACUCGGAGUUUGCGAUUGUCUCGCGAAGGGUUGAACGCCCCCCCGUUCAUCGUCGUUGGAAAGUGAGUAGGUCCGCGCCGAGAUGGGUAUGAUAGCGCGCGUGAGGCGUCGCGUCCGCGCGAACUCGCUGACCGUCGACAAGGAGAAGACAGCGCAAAGUGUCUGCCUUCUAAGCGCGGUCCUCCUUCUGCCCUAUUGCCCGCGCGGCCCGCUGCCGCUUCUACCGUCGCCCGCACCGGUCCUGUACUCAGCCCUCGUCCUGCCGGUGGUUUUGAGCGCGAAUUACAGGUACCCGGUCCCGACCCUCAAGACUCUCGCCGAGGCGGCCAAAGGCGGAGCCAAGAGAGCCUGGCAUCCCUUGAAUCGCUUCCUGAGACGGCUGUAUGCGCCGGUGGACCGUGCGGAGAAUCUCUUCCUGAAGAUGCGCAAUCUCUCCGUCAUGGCGAACCAGAUAGUGUUCCUGAUCCUGGCCGAUAAGGUGCUGCUGCCGCAGCAGAGGCUGACCUGCCUGUACACGCUUAUGUUCUACAACGUGAUAGCCUACUGCGUGAGCUACAUUAAGGAGCUGAUCCAGAAGGAGGACUGGUCGCCAUACGUCACCCUGACCGAGCGAUCCAAGAUCAAGCAUCUCGCGAUGUCGGCCACCAAGAUCGUGCUAGAGUGGACCAAGGCGGUAACCUUCGUCGUCACAUUGACCUUCAUGCUUCUUGUGUUCGGACUGGAGCAAGGUCUUGAUCAUUACAAACCCUCAUUGAUCUACACGGUGAUCACGUGGAUUUACUAUUCGGCGACGGAGAAAGUCUUCGUCGAGAUGUUCCCGACGAUCCUGGGCUUCCUGCAGCUGGAAGCGCUGGAGAACAUCGAGAAUCUCUACGCGCCGGUGAUACUUCGUUGCUUUACGAUCGCCGUGUCGGCGAUCUUCAGCAUUCUACUGUUGCCGUCGGCCUCUUGGAGGUUCCUGAUGGUUGUCACGUAUCUGAACGUGUAUCUGCGAUGGAAGGAACUGGUGGAGAAUUCAGGCGCGGUGCUGCGACGAGAACGCGAGGUGCUGAAUCGCUACAGAAAGGCGACCCUCGAGGAGAUCGAGAGGUUCGAUGACGUGUGCGCGGUGUGUCUGUGCGGCAUGACGAAGGCUAGGGUGACACCCUGUCAUCAUCUCUUCCACGCGGACUGUCUGCGACAAUGCCUGAAGACCAGCGACAAAUGUCCCAUGUGCAAACGCGAGCUCAAGUUCGACUAAAUAAACGACCGUCGGGGAAUAUACUCUUUCGAUUUGCCUCCAGAAAGGUUUGCGAGAUACUCGAAACAUGUCGUUGGAGACGAAUAAAGGGAGGGAGAGACGUAUGUGACACUUCGCGGUUGGAAGAUUUACGGCGUCUUUUAUACAUUUGAAUUUACGACAUCAUUGGCGUCGGCAAGAUUUACGGCGCCUUUUCGCUUUCUGAAGGGUCUAGGGGAGAUCCAGAAUGACAUUCUUGGACACUCGUUUUUAUUCGAGGAAAGAAUCGACGAAAGGGGAGAAGGGGGCUUGCGACAUUAUGGAACAUCGAUAAUAGUCGCGACGCUUGGAAUGUAUGUUCCUCUAGAUAUACUUUACUGUGAUAUAGAUCAGCAGCAUCGUAGCUUAGGAUUAUAUCAGAAAUACAGUUUAUUAUUAUGUCGGUCAAUUCGUGCCCGACACGUAAUUCGUAACCUUCUGAUGCAAAUACGCUUAUUUUGUAUUACUAUCUUUCAUUAAUAUAAUGUCCGUCGGGGAAAAAACUGCGAACCGCAGUAGACUCUCGCUAAUCCGGCCGCUUAUCGUGACUAUUUUUUGUUAUUCUGCCGAGCGGAAUAAAUUGCGCCCAGGUGGGUGUUCAUUAUAUAUUUGAAAAACGUAUUUAAAAAUUUUUUUUAAUUCAAACUUUACGUUAAAAAUAAGUUAGUUCGUAAAUUAUAUAUUUUGUUCACCUUGCUAAAUAGAAUAAAGAACUUCAGUUAUAAUGGCUUCCGGAUGGUUGCCGCGUCCGUUUGCAGCGUGGUACCGACGUUUCGCAAACAUUGCAGUUUGCAUCAUCAGGGCUGGGAGACUCUGAUACUGGGUACAUCACAGUAUCAUGCAAACUGCAAAGUUUGCGAAAAGUCGGCACCACACUGCAAACGGACGCGGCAACCACCCGAAAGCCAUUACGACUGAAGAAGACAACAGCCGCGAAAGCCUGAAAGCCAAGAAUAAACAACUACCGAAACUCUGAUUAACUAUAAACUUUUUACGUACUCUCACACACACAGAAAUCCGGCACAAUUUUAUGCAAGGAAUGGCCGGAUUAGCGAGAGUCUACUAUACUUAUUUAUACAUAUGUACAUUUGUACUUUUUUUUCAUUGCGUUUUUCGCACGAAUAUCCUUUCUCUUUUUACGAAACUAAACAGCUUGUUACAAUCUGAAAUAAUAGAAAAGGGUUUCGUGACAAAUUGUCGAUAGGGUUAAUAGCUCUGGUCAUAGAAGUAACUUCUAUAGACAACGGUUAAGAAAAUUUGGAAGAACACAGUUUUGUAUGCUGCAAUUUGUUUCUUAGAAAUCGUGAUGAAAUAAGCUUGUAAAAGCCGUAAAUGCAAUUAAGAAGUCAAAUAGUAUUAAAGGAUUUCUUCGUAGUCCUAAUUCUCACAUUUGACAUAUACAACAUAGUCUAACAAAACUUCAUUCUCUCAGGAGUUAUGACAGAUAGAGUAAGUUCUUAUUCCACUCUGAAGCUCUCAAUAUAUUGUGUACGCUUUUUUAAAGUAAUAUGUCGCUUAAUUAAGUAGUAAUGAAAAAAUAUUUUUCUCCUUAUACUAAAUUGUUUAUUUGCUUCUAUCGCUUUCUAUAUUUUAUGAGGAAUUCAUGUAACAUUAAAUGUAUGAAUUCAUAUUUUAAGCUGGAAAUAUACGUUUUAUUUAUACG